GUGGGGACUCGAACGACCUAUCGCUGACUGAGACUACUCAAGCAGUAUCCGCAUGGCCCUGAAGGUUUCCCGCACGGAUAGGCCGUUCGUUCUGCUACUCUGCUGCUCUGCUGCGCUCCUUGCUGCCUUGCUGCUGAGCGGCGAUGAUGGUAGAAGGACCGAGCUAGCUGACAAAUGGAAGCCUUACAAAGAGCCCACGAACGUCUUCGACGACUUCGAUGCAGACUUCAAGCAGGUCUGGCAACAGGAUCUGAUUGUUGAGGAGCUGACUAGCGUGUGAAGGGAGCAUGGAAGGAGUAUAAGGCACCAUCCAACGUGUUCGACGAGCUAGCAGGGCUGCAGGACGCGGACCACAAGUGGGAGGCCAACGUGCUAAAUGACGAGAACGUGUUCAACGACAUGCCUGACCGAUAUCCCUUCGACGAGACCAAGGGAGGGCACAAGUGGCAAGUGUGGGAGGGAGAGACGACGUCCGAGGCGAUCAGAGAGCCCAAUGUCUUCGACCAUGGGACGGGUCUGCAUGCCAUCAACUUGGGAGAGCAUGCCAUUGAGGGGAAGCCGUUCAAGGAGUUCAAGCCUGAGAAGAACGUGUAUGACAAUCUUGUCCCUGAGGACAAGGCCGAUAUCCCUCCUGACACCAAGGAUGCAAGUCCUGAGUGGGGGAGAACAGUAGCGUCCUUGGAGGAGGAUCAGAACGUGUUUGAUAAGGAACAGUUUCCAGAUUAUUGAAUGAAAUGGUGUCUGAAUGGUG